AUGUCAGGGGAGAAGCUCAACGUCGCCGUCGCCGGCCUUGGUCGUAUGGGUUUGCGACAUGCCAGACACUUUGCGACCCUUACCCCGAAAGCCAACCUCAUUGCCGUCAGCUCACCAGUGCAAGCCGAGCUCGAUGCCGCCAUCGCAGAAUUUGGCCCUUUGAGAACAUACCUCGACUACGAUGAAAUGCUUCGCAAGGAGUCGACACUGCAGGCAGUCAUCGUUGCGAGCGCGACCACAGUCCACGCUGAGCAGGCCAUCAAGGCCAUCGAGAAAGGCCUGCAUGUUCUCUGCGAAAAGCCAUUGAGCACAAACGUUGAUAUCUCGCAAUCCGUUGUCGACGCCUAUGAGAAGUCGCUUGUCAAGAACCCCAACCAGAAGGUGAUUUGCGGCUUCUCCCGCCGGUUCGACGCUUCAUACCGAGACGCGUACCAGAGGGUCGCGCGUGGUGACGUCGGCACGCCCUCCGUCUUCCGCUCUCAGACGUGCGACAAGCUCGACCCCUCAGGUUUCUUCGUCGACUAUGCCGAGUUUAGUGGCGGGAUCUUUGUAGACUGCUCCAUCCACGAUAUUGACCUGGCCCUGUGGUUCUUCGGCGAAGACAGCGUCGUCAAGAGCGUUGCCGCAAUCGGCAUUACUGCCGUGCAAGAGGGUCUGAGGAAGCACAACGACAGAGACAACGCAGUCGCUAUUGUUGAGUUCUACGGCGGCAAGAUCGCGCAGCUCUUCUGCUCCCGCAUGAUGGCCGCGGGCCAGGAGGACACGACCGAGAUCUUCGGUACCAACGGCAAGGUGGCGGUCAACACGCAGCCGCAGCUCAACCUCGUCAACUUGUACGAGCCGACGGGCAUCCGCCGCGAGAUCCCCCCCGACUACUACGGCCGUUUCCGCGAGGCCUUCAUCACGGAAGCGAACGAGUUCACGGCCUGCUGCCUGAACAACACGCCGCCGCCGAUGAAGCUCGUCGGUGCGGUGAACGCCGUCAAGAUCGGCUGCGCCCUGCAGGAGAGCUUGAUCACGGGCAAAAAGAUCGAGUUCGACGAGUCGGGCAAGCGUGUUGAGCUUGCGCGCUUGUAG